GAGCCUGAUCGCUGUCACCGGGUCUCCCACGUUCCCCUCGACGGUUCAAACCGACCAACCAAACGCCACCAUGUCUCCGAAUACCACCGCGACCACAGGGCCCGUGACCUCGAGCGGGGCCAACGGGACAGAAGCCGAGGAGGGACUUCAGAACUCGACGGCGACGACCUCCCAAAUACCCACGACUCACCCGAGCGAACGAAACUCCACCGGCUUUCCGGAUACCGCCAACGGCACCGAUGCACAGACGACCACGAGUGCGGGCACCAAUGAGACGCAGGCACCCAACGCAACGGAAUCUACCGCAACAACUGACGCAGCCACAACGACGCCAGGGGCGACGCCCACGACGACGCCAGGGGCGAUGCCCACGCCGACGCCAGGGGCGACGCCCACGACGAUGCCCACGCCGACGCCAGGGGCGACUGCAACCGCAAGUGCCGUUCCUCCGAUCGCACCCGAGAUGUCCAGCAGGACCGACGCCGCCGCAGCCGAGGGGAGCAGCUCGGACAGAGGUGUGUCAACGGACGCCCGCCCGUCUAAAAAGAUGGGCGCGUGGGCAGCCGUGCUGGGCGUCGGCGUGGUGGUGACUAUGAUUGGACUGGUGGCCUUCGUCAUCAUGAAGCAGAAAUUCCGUCCGGGUUUCACUCACCGUAAACUGGUUGAGGAGUAUCCUUCAGACCCAGUUCUCAGAUUAGACAACGGCAGCCCUUUGGACUUGAACUUCGGCGGUUCAGCCUAUUACAACCCGGCGCUCCAACUGGACAACAUCCAACGGGACAACACCCAACGGGACAACAUCCAAAUGGACAACGUUCCCGGACACCGCUGAGACGGGAGUCACGAUCUCCCUCCAAAGGAAAGUCGUGCCUAUUGCUCUUCGUUUGGCGGUCGACUUGCGAGACCGUGAUCUGGACUUUUUGUAAAUAAGGAAGUGGAAAUGGCCAUUGUGGAUGAGCUUGUGAAGCGUUUUCAACCACAAAUGAUACUUCAAAUUAAGCAUUUAAAGGAGAUUUAUUGCGUUGAAAGGGUUCACUGAAGGCAAUCUGCACAGCAACGGCCAAAAAUUAACCGUCAGCCAUUUAUGGAUGUUGCCAAAGGGUAUCAAAUGAAGUCUUUCCAAAUGAAGAAUAUGAUUUGCAGCUGCUGAAGGAUGUUAAAAAUGUAUAUUUCUCAUUACUUUUGGUUUCAAUUUUAAUAUAUAUAUAUAUAGAUUUUGUAUCAAUGUGUGAAUAGGAGCCACAACAUUAUGUAGAAGACAAGCAAAUCAAAUACAUCAGCAUAUAAUCCGAUCAAAACCAGAAUGUGACCCCCUGCUGAUGCAAAAAAGUAGAACAAAUAAACGGCACCGUUCUGCAGCCGUAAAACGACAAGCCACGCUGAACAAUAACACAUUCCAUAUCAACAAUCACAUGCUGCUGCUGGCAUCGGGGAGGCGGAGGAAUGUAAAUCUUAGACUUUCAGAGAAGCGAUAGUCAAACGUAAAUACUUGAGUCAAGCCAAAGGGAGGUGGAGGGAGGCCGGGGGACGUUUUUUGUUAUUCAAAGACCGAGGUGUUGGUAUUCAGGCGGGAGUCGUGCAUUUGGUCUUAUUACUCGGUAGCAACAACUAUAUCAUCAUAAUGUACCGCUAAAUGUUAAAAUCCUUUUUUAUUUUUUAAAGCGUUACCUUUAGCAAGAAUUUUUUUUACUUUACUGAUUCAAUAGUUGUGCAAGUAGGAAAUAGGAAGGGAUUAACUACAUUUUCUCCUUUAAUAUAUAUAUA